AACUGUCAAGCGGCCAUUGUUGAUUUUCCAUUUGGUAAAUUUGUCAGAUGUCUGAUGCCUCAAAUUCAAGUCAUUGUAAAAAUCAAAAAAUAAUAAAAUAGGAGUAGGUAAUAAAUCCACGGUGUUAUAUUGUAUCCGUUGAUACUUAAGGAAAAAAUGGCUUCUACCAGUGCGGACUCGCAGUCCAAUAUUGCCCAAAAGACGUGGGCAAUGGCGAACAAUAUAGAAACCGUUUGUAGUGUAGACGAUAUUUACAGAUACGAUAAAAAGCAACAACAAGACAUUCUCGCCGCUAAGCCAUGGGAGAAGGAUCCACAUUUCUUCAAAGACAUCAAAAUAUCCGCAUUAGCGCUGCUAAAAAUGGUGAUGCACGCACGGUCUGGAGGCACUUUGGAAGUCAUGGGACUUCUCUUAGGUAAAGUAGAUGCAAACACAAUGAUAGUGAUGGACUCAUUUGCACUGCCAGUAGAAGGCACAGAGACCCGAGUGAAUGCUCAGGCACAGGCCUAUGAAUACAUGACUGCAUACAUAGAAGCCGCCAAACAGGUUGGCCGUCAUGAAAAUGCCAUAGGUUGGUACCACAGUCACCCAGGCUAUGGGUGCUGGUUGUCAGGCAUUGAUGUCUCCACACAGAUGCUUAACCAAAACUUCCAAGAGCCAUUUGUGGCAAUUGUCAUUGACCCCGUCAGGACUAUUUCUGCUGGGAAAGUGUGUCUCGGUGCUUUUAGGACAUAUCCUAAGGGUUACAAACCUGCAAAUGAAGAGCCUUCUGAAUACCAGACAAUCCCAUUGAACAAGAUCGAAGAUUUUGGUGUUCAUUGCAAACAAUACUACUCUCUGGAAGUGUCGUACUUCAAAUCAUCCCUAGACAGGAGGCUGCUUGACUCGCUAUGGAACAAAUAUUGGGUCAACACCCUCAGCAGUUCCAGCUUGAUCACAAAUGCUGAGUACACAGCGGGACAGAUAUUUGAUCUAUCUGACAAGUUGGAGCAGAGUGAAGUUUGUUUGGGUCGCGGCGGGUUCAUAGUCGCCGGCACAGAUCCUCAUGAGAAGCGCACUGAAGACAAGCUGGGCAAGGCCACAAAGGAUGCGUGCAAGACCACCAUCGAGGUAAUCCACGGCCUGAUGGCGCAGAUGAUCAAAGACAGACUCUUCAACAGCGUAUCCGGACGGCCUGCGCCACCCACACCCAUGAUAGAAUAAUUUAAGUUUUUCUAAUGUGAUUAUUGAUUAGUCAGUUUAUCAAGCAACCAUGCAUGUGACUGGCAGUUUUGGUGUUCGUAAAUGUUCCAGCAAUGUUGUUGGAGUGAUUUAGUUAUUGCCGCUAUAUUGGUGAUAUUGUAAAAACCUUGCUGUAAGCCAUUUAAGGUGUUAAAUAAAUGAGCUGAUACCCUAA